UCCAUUUACCAAACACCCCGCAAUUCCAAACACCCCAAAAGUGAGAGAGCAGAGCAGUGGUGUAAUACCCCCGCUCUAUUCCUUAAACCCACACUCAAAAACUUGAAACACACACACCACAUUAAUCAGUUAUGGAAACAGAUGAAGAUCAAGAAGAGGUUUCAAGAAUCCUUCCUUUCCAGCUUCAGUUCGACAAACCUCUUUCUUUCCAGAUAAAAAUAGCUGAAUGGAACCCGGAGAAAGAUUUGCUGGCGAUGGUUACCGACGAUUUCAAGAUUUCUUUGCAUCGCUUUAAUUGGCAGAGGCUUUGGACUAUUUCUCCAGGAAGGUGCAUAACAUCUCUAUGUUGGCGUCCGGAUGGUAAAGCGAUAGCUGUUGGGCUUCAAGACGGGACUAUCUCAUUGCAUGAUGUUGAAAAUGGGAAGCUGUUACGAAGCAUGAAAUCCCACACAAAUGCUGUAGUAUGCCUUAAUUGGGAGGAUGAUGGAGGUGGGGAGGCUGCGGAAGAUAAAUUUUACAACGCAAAAUAUGAAGACCGCACCUCCCGUUUCUUUCCUCCUCCCCCAAGAGCUCCUCGAGUGCCUGGACUUGUGGCUGGAGAUGAAAAUGAAAAUUUAUCACAAGAAUUAUCAAGUUCCUCGCAUCAGCGUUUUAACAUCUUGUGCAGUGCAGAUAUAGAUGGAAUCAUCAGUUUUAGUAUAUUUGGGAUAUUUCCAAUUGGGAAAAUUGAUAUACACGAGUAUUCUGUUCGUAGUCCCCUUGCGAACAAGCGUGCUGACUGUAAACUUCUGAAUGCUUCAAUCUGCAAGGUAGCCCUGUCAAAAGAUCUCUGUCAUUUGGCAGUGUUAUGCUCUGGUGAGCUUCAAGUUCCAGAACAUGAUUUGCAUGGUUUCUAUUGCGUAACUCUUGAUACCUCAAUAUUCUAUAAAAGGAGAAAUGAGCUUCACCAAGUUGCACAACAAGCUUCAAACAUUGAGGAUUUGACUGAAGUCAUCCGAGCUUCACUAUCUGUCAUGUCAAAGCAAUGGUCUGAUGCAAUGCACACAUUUCAUGACAAGUUUGAUUCUCUCUCUCGUCUGAUUCAUGACCAUGGGUUGGACUCUACUCCACAAGAGGAAUUUCUUAGCCUAUUAGGUGGUGCCCGCACGAGUCCAGCUGUCCACCAAUUUUUAGAGAAUUCUCUUGGUGAAGUGGGUCUCAAGAGAAUAACAAAGUUGGUUUGUGGUGCUGGAAAAGAGCUUCAGGUUAUCGUUCUUGAGCAUCUACAGCCUGCUGCAGAGAUGAUUGGAUUUAGAUUGGGAGAACUGAGAGGCCUUUCUAAGUGGCGUUCACGUUUUAAAAGUGUCGGUUUGGAUGAGACUUUAACAGAUAAUGCAACAGAGAAAGCGGGUAUGCUGCUCGUUCAAAUCGAACGAUUUAUGAGGGUUUUAUCCUCUUCCGUCCAACAGUUUUCGAACUUCUUCAACUGGCUUCAAAAAUGUGUGAAAAUGUUGAUGUCAGAACCAAUUGACCAGCACCAGCUUCUCCCAUUUAAAAGUGAACUGGUCAUUUUGUUCUUGAAGUAUCUAUAUGAUGAAGAUCCAGUUAAGCGGUUGCUCGAAUUGUCUGAAGUUGAUCACAGUAUUGAAGUUGACUCGGAGACGAUGGGAAGGGUACAAGAAUUGGCUCAUUUUGGUGGUUUUAAAGAUGUUGAUUACUUGCGAAGAACGUUAGCAAACGAAUUUCAGCAAAUGGAGUCUUGCUUUAAAGAGGCCUUUCAGAUGCCUUACACUACAAUCUCCAAAACAAUACUCUGCCAAAGCUUGCUACCGUUGUUUCCCAUCAAGUCUUCGCCAAAUUCUACAUUGUCCACCGUUCCGACAUCUAUAUCAUAUUACAAGGAAUCCUCAGACAGUGGUGUAAUGCAUAAGCCAGAACAGAGGUUUGUUGAUUAUGUAUCAUUCAGAUUACCUGAUGAGCCUUCUUCGGACCUUGCAAAUUGCAUUGCUGUUGCAAGAUGUUUAACGAAUGACUUAGAAGCUGUCUUGUUAUGCCUUCCUGAUGGCUAUCACUGUGUUGAUCUGUCUCUAUAUAAGGAAUGUCAACUUGUUCUACUAUUGAAUGGGCCAUCUUCUUCUGAAAGCUCAGAGAAAGCUUGUAUGAUGAUAGUGCAAGCCAAUGAUCUUCCAUUUGUAUCUAUACCUACUUUUGGUGCUUCAAGCCCUUGGAGAUUGCACGAACUUCAGGACUCCAUUGCAUAUUUGCAAAUGGAUAGUUUGAAAGUUAGGGGAAUCCCUCAUAGUGUGAUCGCUCCUCUGGCAGUAAGCGCAUCUAGAGGUGUUGCAUGUGUCUUCGCAACAAGAAAGCGUGCUUUAGUUUACAUUUUGGAUGAAGAUGAAGACGAAGUCUCAGAUGCAGAAUAGCUACAUUUUGGUCCUUGCCAGAGAUCUUAAAGUGCUGACAGAAACUUCUUUAAUGCCCACCCUCAAAUGGAACUUCAAGAAUAACAUGGAAAACACUCAGCUCUUUUGGUAAUGGGCAUGUAACUAUGGUUAACUCAUCUCAACAUUCUAAUUCUUAUCAUAUUCUGUUUGUGCGUAGUUA